CCGAGAAGAGAAGGGUUGCUGUGCAAUGGUGCAAGUCUGGUACGAAAUGUUUAUCUAUUACUUCUCCGGGAGAUUUACCUGAAAUAUGCAAACAAAGUGAUCUGGAUCUUCCUUUUUUGGAUCCAAAGGUUCACACUUAUGGUACCAGUAAUGAGGGUUUGUUGCUUAUCUACGAUGAUAACCACCUUUUUCUUUGCAACCCCACAACCAAACACUUUCGAUCCUUUCCAUCCAAAUACAAGGUACAUAAACCCGACCCAUGGAUUCCGUAUAUCGUGACUGCUGGUUUAGGCUAUCUUUCUGAAUCUGGUGAUUACAAAAUCGUAUGUGUUUAUCUAUGUGAUCGCGAAGAUCUGAAGAUGUCCAAGGUUGACAGGUUUGACAUUCAGGUGUAUUCAUUCAAAUCUAAGGAUUGGAAAAAGAUUAAAACUCCUGAUUUUUGUGCAUCUGCUUGGAUUGUCUACUCCGAACCUCCUACUUGUGUUGAAGGUAGUUGUUAUUGGUUUGCUUGUGGGACCAAAGUCGUAUCGUUCGAUUUUAGUGAAGAAAAAUUCUCUUACUUUUCUUUACCAUCUAAGACAGAUGACUAUAGCGCUCGCCUCAUCAAGUUAGAUAAUUAUUAUGGUGAAGAUUUGUAAGGCAUUAUGUACUAUCGGCUACGAGGAUCUGAAUCAUCCUCUUUUUAUGAUGGGGAUUAUUAUGAGCUUUGGGUAUGUAGGGAAGAGAAAUGGGAAAAAGAUUUUAAUGUGUCUCUUACUAGUGUUUAUGCACCAAUGACUAUGGUAGACAAUCGAUUCUUGUUUCUUCGUGGACUAUAUAAGGAUGGUGGUGGCAAUAAUAUUGCAACUAAUCAUGGUCUAUCUGUUUACGACCAUACUAGGAAAAAAUGCGUGGUUCUCGGUUUUACUGAUAAUGUCUACGUUUUCUCUUAUGUUGAGAGCUUUGUUACGCUGCUGGAUGGAAAGCCAAUUCAGGGAUCCGAUGUUCUUAAUCGUGAUAUUUCAUUGGGCAACAACGACAAUGCCAUCGAAUCCACAGCCGAGGAGGAGGAGGAAGAGCUGGAAGAGGAGGAGCAACUUUCUCUUAUCUAUUUAGUUCUUUUUACUAAUUAA